CGAUGCAACUUUAUAAAUUAUCUUGUAUUGUGUGUGGCAAUUUAUCUUGGAUCUUUAGGACGUCAAGCCGACUAGGUGGAAAGGGUAUAUUCCAAAGAUGUUUUUCAACCGUCAAAAUACGUGAAAUUCGCCCUCAACCAGAAGCAAAAAAAUUGUUAACUCAAGAAGAACUUGAAGAACAACAAUUUACUGAAUUAAAAUUAGCUUUGGGAAUGCUUAAUGGAAAUAAAGUUUUUGGUUCGGAACAAAUUUUAUUAGUUCAUCCACAUGUGAGGUGGGGUAGUGGAUCAGCGCCAAAAAAUGCAAAGCCUGAACUUCAAGUUGAAGAAGCACAGACACUAUGCCAAACAAUUCCAGGGUUUAAAGUUGUUAGUAGUAUUAUUGUAAAUACAGACUAUAAUGUUCGUUCAAAAUUGAUUUGGGGUUCCGGUCGAUUGGAUGCUAUAAUUCGGCACAGACAACAAUAUAAUAUUACAGCAUUAAUGAUUAAUAUCGAUUCUUUAUCUCCAUUACAACUGAGUGAAUUAACCAAUUAUUUUGGCCUCCCAAUAUAUGAUCGGUUAACUAUUGUUUUAUCAAUAUUUAAAAUUUUUGCCAAAACAAAAGAAGCUAAACUUCAAAUUGCUUUGGCAGAAAUACCUUUUAUAAGAUCUCAUAUUAGAUUUUUAAAUAAGUCUGGAGAACAUCUUUCAGAUAAUAAAACACUUAUUAGUUCAUCUGCUCCAAUGUUUCCAACAAUAGAAAGGUUAGAAGGUACAAAACAGCUUGAAUUUCUUCGACUUCGUGAACACAAAAUUAGAAAACAAAUAAACAAUUCUAUUGAAUUAACUAAACGAGAAUUGUUAGAAAAUAAAGAAAAAUAUGGCCCUGGAAAGACCCCUGUAAUUGGCAUUAUAGGUUAUACAAAUGCUGGCAAAACAACAUUUAUUAAACGUUUAACUGAUUCUUCAACACUUUUGGGUGAGAAUCGCCUUUUUGCAACCUUGGAUUCAACCACCCAUUUGUCAACAUUACCUUCAAGUAUCAAAGUUAUUUUUGCGGAUACAAUUGGUUUUAUUUCUAAUUUACCAAUUAAAUUGUUGGCAUCUUUCUCUGCUACUUUACAACAUGUCGAAAGCGCUGAUUUGUUAAUCCAUAUAAUGGAUCUUUCACAUCCAGAUCUUCUAGCACAACGUGACAAUGUUUUGGAAACACUUCAUAAUUUAAAAAUAAAUCAAAAUUUAAUUAAUAAUAUUAUUAAUGUGGGUAAUAAAUUGGACAAAUGUGAUGCUGAAAGAAAAGAAAAACUUAAAGAAUGGGGAAUUCUCACUUCAGAAAAUUCUAAUAAUUUAUUUCCUAUUUCUUGUCGGACAUUGGAAGGAUUGCCGGAAUUAAUAAAACAAAUUGAUAAAGUAAAGAUUUUUUUAAUUAAUUUUUUGAAUUAAAAACAGAAAGUAAAAAUACUUUCGGGGGCUUCAAUUCGUCGACUUAGGCUUCCAAACAAUUCAAGACUUUCUCAGCGUCUCUACAAAGAAGGAUAUGUAGGAAUACCGAGUGAAUGUGGACAAUAUUUAUUUUUUGAUUUAUUAAUGAAUAAUGAACAAUUUGCAAAAUUUCAUGCCUCAACAGGUAUGCGUUUAAAGAAAAAAGAAGAAAUGGAAGAAUAGAAGGGCUGAAGAAUAUAUAUCAUAGAACUGCGCAGUUUUGCAAUUGUCUACUUUUGCAAUUGUCCAUUUUUUAACUGUCUCGAUGUCCAAUUGUCAUAAAUCCUUUUUAUUUGUAUUUUACUUUCUUUUUGUAAGCAAUUUUUUCUGAUUUUAACGUGUUUCGCGUUUUUCAUAUU